AUGGAAACAAGAGUGCUAAAAAUCAACGAGAAUAUCGAGAAGCUAAUUGCUCUUCUUGGCGGCGAAUCUUCGAAAGGAAUGGAAAAAGCUCCUGAGUUCGUCAAGGAAGACAUUUCAAUGCCCGAAGAAGAAAAGCCCGAACAUGAGCACCUUCCAAAACAGACCUUGCCUUCGGUUACGGAAGAGGAACCUCAGGAAGAAAUCGUUGCUGAGAAAACUGCAGAGCAAAAAGAAGACAACGAGGAGGACUAUGAGACUGCGGAAGACAUAUUUAAAAAAGCUGCUCAAGUCGGCCUUUCUGUUCGUCAAUAA